CGUGAAAUCAUCAGUUACGGAAAGAAUAAAAGUUAUGGGAGAUAAUAAAUUUACUUUUUUGAAUUAAAAGUUAUACAAAAAACAAGAACAAUAAAAGAAAUAUGUUUAGUCCAAUCUAAAAGUGUGCAAUUAGCAAACAAGUAUUUGAGUAAAAAAAAUAAUAAUACUACUCGUAAUCAGAAACUAUUUUGAAACAGUAGAUACGUAGUAAAUAAACAACAUCGUAAUAAAGAUGCUUUGUUCGACGCCAUUACUCAGACACAUUUUUUUGUGUGCCAACACACUUUGCUUGAUCGUUGGACUGAUUAUGGCAUUAAUUUGUGCGCUUUUCAUGAACUCGGUACAAAAUACGCAUUUAAUAUAUUGCUUACUUGGAUUAAUGGUGGGCCUUGUAACGGCGCUGUCUGCAUUGGUGGGCUAUAAAGCUAUUAAGCCGCCAAAGGCAGCGAUGCUGUCGAUGUAUUGUGCUUUGUUUACAAUAUUAUGCGUCACACAAGCUUAUAUUGUUACACAUCUCGCAGCGAGCAAUAUAAUCACAGCCACAGUUCAAAAUGUGGAGUUGCUUUGGGAAAGAGAAAUGGUGAGCGAAGGUCCCAUGGCGAGCAUUGAAAGUCGGUUUCACUGCUGUGGCCUACAUAACUACAGCGACUACACCUCUACGAAUUUGCCUUUGCCGGCUAGUUGCUUUUAUACGGAAAACGAUGCCUGGAUUUAUUAUACUGAUGGCUGUUUGGAGAAAGUAAAAUUUGCUGCUGGUAGAGCAAGUGAUGCAUUGUCCAUUGCUGGCUUUCUGCUUACUGCGACACAGGUGAUGGCCUUAAUAUUUUCAUCCGCUCUCACUUUAGCGUAUUAUCGAACUGGAGAGUACGAAGAGUUGUAGUAAAAAGCGAAAUUUUAGGUAGACAUAGAAUAUUGUCUUUACAUCACCUAAAAACUUGCAGAUUAAGCACUUCUAAAUCUUGAUAUUUUUCUAUCAAAAAUAAUUUAUUAAAAAUUAGCGUAUACAAAUUAAUAA